GAACAGCUGCACGUUUUCAUGCUGCAGCAAGUCUGUUAGAAACUUUUUAGCUCUUUGUUCGUCAGGCUGUUUCUUCUGAAAGCUGACUGUGUCAGCAUGCUGCUGGUUGUGCUGAGCUGGCUCUGCUCCUUCAUGCUGGUGUCCGUCAGCAGCGGGGGGAAGCUGCCCGAAGCUGAAGUGACGAUAGAAGUUCUGCAGAGACCUUUCCUCUGUCACCGAAAGUCCAAGUAUGGAGACAUUCUGCUGGUGCAUCAUGAAGGAUACUUUGAGAAUGGGACCAUGUUUUUCUCCAGUCGAGUCAGCGGUGACAAGCAGGCAAUCUGGUUCACUCUGGGCAUCAGAGAAGCAAUCAAAGGCUGGGAUAAAGGCCUGCAAAACAUGUGCUCAGGAGAGAAGAGAAAACUGGUCAUACCUCCAGAACUGGCAUAUGGGAAGGAAGGAAAAGGUAAGAUUCCACCUGAAAGCACGCUUACCUUUAUCAUCGAGGUGCUAGAGAUCAGAAAUGGACCUAGGUCACAUGAGUCCUUUCAGGAAAUGGACCUCAACGAUGACUGGAAGCUCUCCAAGCAUGAGGUGAAAGAGUAUCUAAGGAAGGAGUUUGAGCGUCACGGCUACCCUCCCAACGACACUCUACACGAGAACAUGGCGGAGGAUAUCUUUGCCAAAGAGGAUGAGAACAAGGACGGUUUUAUAUCCUCCAGAGAGUUCACUUACAAACACGAUGAACUGUAAAGUCCCAUGAAGUGCUCAUUUGUGUUUCAUAGUGGAAGUCCUUGUCAGAGACUCUUUGAGGUUAUUUUUGUCUGUUUCAGUUUUACAGAAGCUUUAAGUCUGUGUUGUGUGGCACUGCAAUCCAUCCUGUGUGACGCUGUGUGUGGUUAAGUUUUGUUGCAGAUUAAUUUGUUUUUGUGAUUUGUUUAUGAAAAUCCUUUUUGGGACCACUGUUAGCUAGAUUUUUACAAGUCAAAAUAUCUCUGUGAAAACUGUCGUGAAA